UCCCGAGGGAUACAGGAGCGAGAAGCUGGCGGACUCCGAAGACGAAACAAAGCCCGGUUGCCUCGCUCGCCUCCCCCUUUCUCCUUCGUAUCGCUGCUCAGCUUAGUUGCCUCUUUCUGAUCCCGCCGCCGUUCUUCUGCGGGGCUUCUCCGCCUGGCGGGGGCUUGUCCGCAGCCCAGAGAGGAGGAGUUCAGUAGAGCUUUCCCAGAGAAAAUGUCAACUUCUACCAUGGAAUCCCAGUCCCUUGAUGAGAGAGGAAGUUUUUUUAAGCCUAGAGAAAGAUAUGGGUGAUGUGUAUCCGGAUCAGAAAGAUUUUACAAAUAUUGUACGAGAUUCUGGAUAUGAUAGUCUCCCCAAUAAGCUCAGCAUACUAGAUAAACUUCUUCAUACGCACCCUAUCUGGUUACAGCUUGGCUUAAAUGAUGCUGAAGCAGUGGAAAUUCUACGCUCUCAACCUCCUGGAACCUUCCUUGUUAGAAAGUCCACAAGAAUGCAGAAGAAAGUCUUAUCUUUACGUCUACCAAAUGACUUUGGAUUUUGCCUCAAAGAGUUUGCAAUAAAAGAAAGCAUCUAUACUUUUUCCUUGGAAGGCUCUGGAAUAAGCUUUGCUGAUUUAUUCAGGCUCAUAGCUUUCUACUGUAUUAGCAGGGAUGUCCUGCCUUUCACUCUGAAGUUACCUCACGUGAUUGCAACAGCAACAACAGAGUCUGAACUUGAAGAGGUGGCUCAGCUGGGACUGAAUUUUUGGAGCUCUCCAGCUAACAGCAAGCUGCAAAAAUCUUCACCCCUCCAGAAGCCUCUGCCUUCAGACAGCAUUUAUAAAGGCUCCGAGCAGCUCUGCCUCAUAAAUGGAGUUCAUUCUAUAAGAACCAGAACGCCUUCGGAGCUGGAAUGCAGCCAGACCAAUGGAGCCCUGUGUUUUAUUAAUCCUCUCUUCUUGAAAGUGCAUAGCCAGGAUGUUGGUGGAAAUCUGAAAAGACCAGGUCCAAAAGCACAAGAUGUGAAUGGCCCUGAGAGAUCCCGUUCUCCCCCACCAAGGCCUCCCCCACCUUCUAUUCAUAGCCUCCUUGCACACCCUCAGCUGUCCAGGACUACAAACCAGACCAGUCUGCCAGAAACUGUCAGUCACAGCAAACACUGGGACUUGGAUGUGAUACAGAAGAGGCCAACUCCUAUCCCACCGCCACGCCUGAAAAAAAAGGCUCUCUCUUUAGAGGCUGAGAGCAAUGCAAAGAACUCGGCAGUAAAUGAACCCAGCCAUAAUUUGGUGGAUGGCACAGAAGCUGCCAGCAUUCCAGGUGGAGCUCCGCCUCAGCAGAACUUGGAGAGCAAAAACAGCUUAGCUGCACACUGUGAGUCACAAGUGCAGUGGAAUGGAGGCAGGCAAAGACUAAGCAACAUGAGCCUGUCCACAUCCUCCUCUGACUCUCUGGAUUUUGAUCGGAGCAUGCCGCUCUUUGCCUACGAUGGGGAUACCAACAGCAGCCUGGAGGAUUUCGAGGGGGAGAGUGACCAGGAAAGCAUGGCACCUCCCUUGAAGCCCAAGAAAAAAAGGAACGGCUCAUUUGUACUUCCCAAAAUUGUCAAAUCCCAGCUGAGGAAAAUGAGUGGCGUCUUCAGUUCCUUCAUGACCCCAGAGAAAAGGAUGGUUAAGAAAAUAGCAGAAAUGUCUCAAGACAAGCGCACCUAUUUUGGUUGCCUAGUUCAGGACUAUAUAAGCUUCCUGCAGGAGAACAAGGAGUGUCAUGUUUCCAGCACAGACAUGCUUCAGACUAUUCGGCAGUUUAUGACCCAAGUAAAGAGCUAUUUAUCUCAGAGCUCUGAACUGGAUCCCCCCAUUGAGUCUCUGAUUCCGGAGGACCAGAUAGAUGUGGUAUUAGAGAAGGCCAUGCAUAAAUGCAUCUUGAAACCCCUCAAGGACCACGUGGAGAUGAUGUUGAAAGAGUUCCAUACAGCUGAUGGCUCAUGGAAGCAGUUGAAAGAGAAUCUUCAACUCGUCCGACAGCGAAAUCCUCAGGAGCUGGGUGUUUUCGUCCCAACACCAGAUUUCGUAGAUGUUGAAAAGAUUAAAGUCAAGUUCAUGGCCAUGCAGAAAAUGUACUCCCCUGAAAAGAAAGUUAUGCUGCUACUAAGAGUGUGCAAACUGAUUUACACUGUGAUGGAAAACAAUUCAGGGAGAAUGUAUGGGGCUGAUGACUUUUUGCCAGUGCUGACCUAUGUUGUGGCUCAGUGUGACAUGCUGGAGCUGGAUGUGGAAAUUGAGUACAUGAUGGAACUGCUGGACCCAACCUUGCUGCAUGGAGAAGGAGGCUACUAUUUGACAAGCGCAUAUGGAGCACUAUCCUUAAUUAAAAAUUUCCAAGAAGAACAAGCAGCCAGACUGUUGUGUUCAGAAGCCAGAAAUACUCUCAGGCAGUGGCAUAAGCGGAGAACAACAAACAGAACAAUCCCAUCUGUUGAUGAUUUUCAGAACUACCUACGAGUUGCAUUCCAGGAAAUAAACAGUGGCUGCACAGGAAAAACGUUGUUAGUGAGACCAUACAUUACUACAGAAGAUGUGUGUCAGCUCUGUGCUGAGAAGUUUAAAGUGGAUAAUCCUGAGAACUAUAGCCUGUUUCUUUUUAUUGAUGACACUUGGCAGCAACUGACAGAAGAUACCUAUCCCCAAAAAAUCAAAGCUGAACUGCACAGUCGGCCACAGCCUCAGGUUUUCCAUUUUGUUUAUAAGCGCAUCAACAACGAUCCUUAUGGGGCUAUCUUCCAGAAUGACAACAGUGACCAAAAUACAUAAAGCUAAUUAUUUUAAUUGUUAUGUAAACUGACUGGGUGUUGAAAUUAAAUGAUCUGUAUUCUCUAAACCCUACUGAUUAGUAAAAGUAUGAAUUACUAUCAGUGAUUAUACAUAACCUACAAAAAAUAAUCACUUCCGUCACAACUCAGCAUCAUGGCUUCUCAGAUGUUCUGCGGUUACCGUCAUCUGCAGAUCUGUACUGGGUUUUCCUCAAAUCUUUAGUUUAUGCACUAUUUUCAGUUACAUGCAGAGGGUCAGACUUCUUUUAAACUAACUGUUAGGUUGACCAUUUAAUCAGUGUAUCUAUGCAGUAUUGUCAGAUGCAGAGCAUCAGUAAAAAUAUGGAUAACAGCCUUCUUUAAAAUAGAACAGAUAUUUUAUCGAAGGCAACUUUUUUAUAUAUAUUUCAAGAAAUUUUAUAGCAGUUGCAGGUAAACUGUCAUGUCUGUAAAGUAUUUUUUUAAAUGAUAAAAUAUUCUAUAAUUAUGCAUGUGAUUUUUAACACAAAAUAGAAAAUAAAUCUCUUGCUGGUUUUAGAGUAUGUGAUGUUUUUUACUUGUUUUAAUUAUGUCGUUAAUGUCUAGCUUUCUAAAAUGUCAAACCACAUUUUUUAAAAAUGAUUUUGUAAGCAGUUUAUUUUGGCCAUUGGUUAUUCAGACUCCAGUUACAAGAAGAUGGGUGUAUCUGACAGAUGUGUUUUUGGAAAAGAUGGAUGUACAGCCAGGUUUGUGAAAAGACAGUAAGUUUGGUUUAAGAAUAACACGUAUUGGGAAAAGUGUUCAGAGCUCAUUGCUCUUUAUUUUAUAAGCACUGGUGCAUAUAGUCUUAUCGAAGGAAUGAGGACAGGUGUUUCUUUUUCUCCUGCAGUAGUGCAGUACACAUUUGCAGAAUUGUGAUUCGGUUUCCAGGAGGACAGAAACCAAAGACAGUCUGUCACCGUAUCAAAUUGUGAAAAUACAGCUGGUCUGAAGUAUAAGGCUUCUUCCAGAACAUGAGUGAAGGAAUUUGUGAAAUAUCCAUUGUUAUCUUUAAAACAGUAUAGCUGUAUAAAUGCUGCUUUGACAUCUGUUGUGUUAAAGACAAUACAUGUCACAAUAGCAGGAAAAUGAGUUGAUAAGUUAAAGGUUUUGUACACAUGGAAGCAAACACCAUCAAACACAUUUAAAACUGUAAAUAUUGCUUUCAGUAGGAAUUGUGAUAGAAAUUGUACUUUUCUGUCUAAAAAUAUCAGAGCUAAAAGUUUGCUUUAAUCCAUACAUUCAGCAGAAUUACUGGAAGCAAAAAAGCACAGAUAUUAAACAGCAUUCAAUGACAGGAGAAAUGUCUUAGAUAAUAGUAAGAGAUAAUCCUGGAUAUGAUUUUGAAUUACAUUCUUAAAAAAGAAAUGAUGCCUCCUUUUCUACAUCUGUAGGUAUAGCAUUCUCUAUAACAGAGAGAAAACAAAACUCUUUGCAUUUGGAAGAAAAAUUCUCCUAACUAGGUAAUAUGAGCAAUUAAAUCCUCAACUAAAUGCAAAAUGAAUCUGGGAAUCCCUGUCAGAACAUGGUACUGAAACCCUCUAAGUGUGACGAUCUUGUAUAAUUACUGAAAAUUCUGGAUUAUACAUUCAUAUUUAUAAAGAACUUCAAGUAUUCUCUCUAACUGGACAAUUAGGAUGCCUUGCAAGUCUCUGAGGAAUUAUUACUAUAACUUAAUAUUCUGGGCCUACCAAAAACAUCUAACCUACACAUACUAGUAUGUUCUGUUUUUUAAGAUGUGUAUGCUUUAUGUUGAUUUGUCAUAUAAUUGUCAGUUCAAUGUAUUUUUGUUUAAUUUAGUAAAUGAUAAAACAAACCACCUCCACAUUGUAAGGCAAUGGUGCCUGGGCUGCAUAAAUCCAGACAACCGCUUGAUUGCAACAAAGAGACACAGAACAUUCUACCUCUUUGCUGCCAGUUACUGUCAUCUGGAUUUUUCUAGCCCAGUCUAACAUUGCAAAAUGUAUUUUUCCAGCAAUCCCAUCUUGUCAAUAUGCAUAGAAUUAUGCUGCAAAUGAAGCUAUUGAUGAAACUGCUCUCAAAUAAACAAGCUCAUACUUG